CAGAUGAAUUCUUUGCCACCAGAGAGGAUCCAGGAAAUACAGAAGGCCAUCGAACUGUUCUCAGUGGGCCAGGGGCCUGCCAAAACCAUGGAAGAGGCUAGCAAGCGAAGCUAUCAGUUCUGGGACACACAGCCUGUCCCCAAACUGGGAGAGGUGGUGAACACCCAUGGCCCUGUGGAGCCUGACAAAGACAACAUACGUCAGGAGCCCUACACCCUGCCCCAGGGCUUCACGUGGGAUGCCUUGGACCUGGGGGACCGUGGUGUGCUAAAAGAGCUAUACACCCUCCUGAAUGAGAAUUAUGUGGAAGAUGAUGACAACAUGUUCCGGUUUGAUUAUUCCCCAGAAUUUCUUUUGUGGGCUCUCCGGCCACCUGGCUGGCUCCCCCAGUGGCACUGCGGGGUUCGUGUGGUGUCAAGUCGGAAACUGGUUGGGUUCAUCAGUGCCAUCCCAGCAAACAUCCACAUCUAUGACACAGAGAAGAAGAUGGUGGAGAUCAACUUCCUGUGUGUCCACAAGAAGCUGCGCUCCAAGAGGGUGGCUCCAGUCCUCAUCCGAGAGAUAACCCGGCGGGUUCACUUGGAGGGCAUUUUCCAAGCUGUUUAUACUGCCGGUGUGGUACUACCAAAGCCUGUUGGCACCUGCAGGUAUUGGCAUCGGUCCCUAAACCCUCGGAAGCUGAUUGAAGUGAAGUUCUCCCACCUGAGCAGAAAUAUGACCAUGCAGCGAACCAUGAAGCUCUACCGGCUGCCCGAGACUCCCAAGACAGCUGGGUUGCGACCAAUGGAGAAGAAGGACAUUCCAGUAGUGCAUCAGCUCCUCACCCGGUACUUGAAGCAGUUCCACCUCACGCCAGUCAUGAGCCAGGAGGAGGUAGAGCACUGGUUCUUCCCCCAGGAGAAUAUCAUUGACACUUUUGUGGUGGAGAACGCAAAUGGUGAGGUGACGGACUUCCUGAGCUUUUACACCCUUCCCUCCACCAUCAUGAACCAUCCGACCCACAAGAGUCUGAAAGCUGCUUAUUCUUUCUACAACGUUCACACCCAGACCCCUCUUCUAGACCUCAUGAGCGAUGCCCUUGUUCUCGCCAAAAUGAAAGGGUUUGACGUGUUCAAUGCACUGGAUCUCAUGGAGAACAAAACCUUCCUGGAGAAGCUCAAGUUCGGCAUAGGAGAUGGCAACCUGCAGUAUUAUCUUUACAAUUGGAAGUGCCCCAGCAUGGGAGCAGAGAAGGUUGGACUGGUAUUACAGUAA